GCUGCGUGUUGGUAUUAGCGGUGGGCGUGUUCUUGCCCGGGAGGGAUAUCGAGGACAGGUGGUAGGUGUGGUGCUUGUGGCCGACUAGUGUGGCCGUUAUUGGUCGGCAGCUGGCAACAAGGCUGAGACGAACAUGGAGAAGACACUUGCAAUGAUAAAGCCAAAUGCCAUGGGGCACGCAGAGGAAAUUGAGAAGAUCAUUCUGAAGGAGGGAUUUACCAUCAUUCAGCGUCGUCGCAUCCAGCUGUCGAAAGAACAGGCCAUGGAGUUCUACUCGGAGCAUCGUGACAAACCAUUCUUCAGCAACCUGAUCAAUUUUAUGACCUCAGGUCCGGUGCAGGCGAUGGUGCUCGGCAAGGAGCACGCCAUCCGGGCCUGGCGCCGCGUUCUUGGGCCCACCCGGGUGGCCGCCGCCAUCAAACACCACCCGGACAGCGUCAGGGCUAAGUUCGGCGCCAGCGACACGGAGAACGCCGCGCACGGCAGUGACUCGGCCGCCAGCGCUGAGCGAGAGGUCCGCUUCUUCUUUCCUGACGUAAACUUGGAGCCGCUGCUGACGGGAGUCGAGGCGCGCGACUACAUGGACGACUACGUUAGCCCCACGCUGGUGAAGGGGCUGACGCAGCUCUGCCAAACUAAGCCGGCAGACCCCAUCACCUGGCUGGCCGACUGGCUGCUUGUCAACAAUCCUUACAAGCCGGUCCCGGGCGACGAGAAAUAGCUGGCGCUGGUGUCGGAUGGUGCCGAGGCGGGAGAGGCGCUCCGAUGUUGUGUGUGAUUGCCAGCUUUCGGUAGUGCGGGACUGUCAAAUUUGGUGUGCGUCUGUUAUGUGUGCGCGUAAUGUCGGUUGGUAUGUUGGGAGAAUGCCUAUUAACUUUACUUGCCAAAACGACGCAUGGAGCGCCGCGUUACGAUUUUGAAUUGCCCAAUAUGGAUGAUAAGGUGAGAGUUGUGCUGCAGUAUCCGUGCCUCAGUGUCUGUCGCAUCACCGUGGGUUGUUUGUCGCACCACUAUGGUACGGUGGCUCGUGUUGCGCACGCCGCUUUUGCAAUUUUGCCGAGUUAUGAUAGUAUCCGCAUGGCUUCAUCGUUCCUGUGACGUCACUAAAAACUCCGGAAUCUUGGAUUGUUUUAAGCCUUGAUAUAGCAAACUUGAUAAGCCGCUUGAUAUAGCAAACAUCAGA